AUGAUGACUUUCCUACCCACCAUCAACCAAGAAAAAAGACCUUUUGAUUCUAUAGCUGACACUAACGAGGACGUUUCGACAUCAACUAAAAAUGUCGCUAUUUCCUCCUCCUCUACAAAGAGAGUUAAGAAGCGCCCAUCUGCAAAUUCAAAAUCAGCUACCGUGGCACCACCAAAUGGGAAUGCAACCUCCUUUGGUGCAAAAAUGAUUAUCCAACUCACCAAAUCAGCUACUGCAUCUUUAGACAAAAAAGUUUCUUCUGAGAUCAAUGCUGGAUCAUCAUCGUCGCCGUCGUCACAUCAAAAAAUAUUCGAAGAAUCACCAAUUCAAAAUUUGGCUUCAAUUAUUGCACUCCCUAUAUCAAAUCCAAAAGCAAUCAGCUCAAGCAAUUUAUCAUUGGUUUUGUCCCAAUUGACUCCAGAGAUCGCCAGGUUUGACAAUUCGGACGCUUUACCUCUUAUACAGUCAAUAUUGAAAAUCAAUUGGAUAUAUCAUCAUUCUAAAGAUGUAAAUUUUUCCAAACAUUAUGCAACUUUUCUAACGGUACUGGUGUCGACGUUUCCAUCUUGGUGGAAAGAUAUUGCUCAUAGAAUUAUCAAGGAUUUUACCAGACAGACUCCACAGGUUUUAAAUUCGCAUCAUGAAACUUUGAAGAAAUUGAUAUCUUUAGCUCCAACUUCUUCAAACUCUUUACCAAGACUACUAAAGGACAAUUUCCCCAACAGGAAUUCUCCCAAAAGUGAAAUUAUAAAUUAUGUUAAAAACAUAUUACAUUUAACUAGCUAUUACAAUGUCUUGAUCAAUCAUGUUUGGACUUUGGUUUUUGAAAAUUUCAUCAAAUUGGAUGUUGAAUUUCAAAACCAAAUUGAUGAAGUUGAUGAUGAUGACCUCUCUGAAGCUUUAGGCCUCGACGAGGAUGAUGAGGAUAAUGCUAGUGCUGGCGAUGAUGAUAAUGCUGAUAGUGAUGAUGAUGAGAGUCUAGGUAGUGAUGAUGAUUUUGAUGGAGAUGAUUUAAAUCAGACUCGAAAUCAUGCAAAGCAACCAAAAAUAUUGAAAACUGUUGAAAAAGAAUUGGCCGAUUCGGAUGAUGAAAAUGAAGAUGAAAAGCAAGUUGACUCAAAACGUACAACUGUAAUUAAAGUUUCAAAAAAUAAUAACAUUCAUAACAAUAACAUAGGAGAUCUAGAAGGUGGUAACAAUGACGAGGAUGAUGAGAAUGAGUUUGAUGAUGAUAUGUUAGACUCUGAAGCUGAGUAUAAUUUGGAAUUGGAAUCAUUAUCAGAUUUAUCCUCUAAACUUGACAAUUUACUCUCAUCUAUACUAGAAUACCUAACGCCUAACUUGUCAGUUAAUUCUUUGGAAUCCGGACAUGGUAUUUCAAUCUUCACCGCCCUGACGAAUGUUUUCCGAACGAUAACUUUACCGACACAUGGAACUAAGGCCACACAAUACAUACUUUUCUACGCAGCUCAACAGCAACCAGAAUUAAUUGACGCAUUCCUAGUGUCCUUAUUUGAAAUUGCAUUCAAUACAGAUAAAAAGAACAAUGAGUCUUCAAAUGGUUUGAUGUCUUUUUCUGGCUCAUCGGGCAAUAAUGUCGGUAGUUUGAACAUUAGGAUAACAGGUAUUCAAUACAUUGCAAGUUUUGUUGCACGUGCAAGCAAGAUGUCGGCUACUCAAAUCCAUUCUGUAGUAACUUUCCUAGUUGAUUAUUGUACUGCAUAUAUGGAAGAGAAUGAAGACGAUGAUGAUGGUGAUGGUGAUGAUGUCGGAUAUAAUGUGACAAAUACAUCAAUUCUAUCAUCUAGAAGUAAUAGCUCCACGUUUAAUAAGGGGAGAGAAUUUAAUCCCAACAAACAUACCAUUUUUUACAGUUUAGUUCAAGCAUUAAUGUACAUUGUCUGUUUUAGGCACAAUUCUCUACGAGUGUCAGAAAAUGAUGACAGUGUCUCCGGAACAAAAUUGUCCAAAACUGGCUGGGUUGCAGAACUCGAUCGAUUUUUUACUAGAGCUAUCAUUUCUAAGUACGAUCCUCUAAGGUGGUGUAAUGAAACGGUUGUUUUAAUCUUCUCGAGAGUUUCCCAGUCCGAAGGUAUCUGCUACACAUGGAGCGUUCUUGAAAGAAUAAAGCGUGAACGUGUUGGGAGGAUCGUAUCAAGUGGCAAUUCUUCAAUCUCGCAAAAGGAAGUACCUACUAAUACAACUUCGAGGGUAUCCAAUGCGAAUGUUGGUACUUCAUCGUCAAUGCGUGCCACACAAGAAUUCCUUGAUUUGGUGGCGUUUUUCCCAUUUGACCCGUUAUUAUUGAAGAAAUCUCAUAAAAUAGUCCAAGACACGUAUGUGGAAUGGGAUAAUGGGGACGAUGAUGACGAUGAUGAUGACGAUGAAGGAGGGGAAGAGGAUGAUGAGGAUGGCGAUAAUGAAAGCGAAUAG